AUGUCCAUAGACACAAAAGAAUUAACCUAUAUCAAUUUUGAUUGUAAUUGGCAAUGUUGUUAUCAACAAACGACUGAUCAUGUCGAUAAUUUUAUUAAUAUUUUGUUUUCAAAUAAUUCCGAUGUUAAUCAUCUAUGGUCAUCAGUACGAUUACCACAUAUUAUUGAAUCUUGUACAACACAUGAUAAUUGUGAUAUUCAUGGUUCACAUGAUUGGUGGUAUCGAAAAGAAUUCGAUUGGAUAUUAUCCGAUCAACAACAAAAACAUCAAGUUUAUCUUUUAUUUGAAUCGAAUUUAACUAAAUUAAAUAUUAAUGCGACAAUAUGGUUUAAUGGAGAAAAAAUUAUUUCAAAUUCAUCAUUAUUACAACAAAAUUCAAUUGAUUUAACAGAUAAAUUAUUACGUUAUACAGAGACAACAGAGAAAAAUAAACAUAACAAUGUUUUAAUUGUCCAUUGUAUAGAUUCAAGUCUUUCUCUUCAUGCUCGUCUUAUUAUACAUGGUACAGUAAUAUGGGCUACAGGACAAGUCAAAACAAAUGAUGAUUCAAGUUUAAAAAUCGAAAAAGAUACUCUUGAUUAUGCAGUACGUGCUAAUGAUGCAGAUCAACGUAUCGGUGUUGUAUUUAAUCAAUCAGAAACUGAUUUAGAAUCUUCAUCAUUAACAGAACUUCCUGUCGAACCAAUCAGUGAUGAAACAGAAAUCGAAGAGAAUUCAAAAGAUAUAUCAAUACCUCGUCUUAAUAUUGUUAUACUUAUUGUUGGAACGCGUGGUGAUGUUCAACCUUUUAUUGCUCUUGGUAAAGCACUUCUUGAAUAUGGUCAUCGUGUUCGAUUAGCUACACAUGAAACAUUUCGAUCAUUUGUUCGUGAUAAUGGUUUAGAAUUUUAUCCAUUAGCUGGUGAUCCGGCUGAUUUAAUGUCAUUUAUGGUAAAGAAUGCAGGUAUUAUUCCAUCGAUGAGUAGUAUUGUUGCAGGUGAUAUAGCGAAAAAACGACGUAUUCUUGCUGAAAUUCUUGCAUCAACAUGGCUUGCAUGUACAGCUAAUGAUGAUGAAACAUCAAUUCCAUUUACAGCUGAAGCUAUUAUUGCUAAUCCACCAUCAUUUGGUCAUAUACAUUGUGCGGAAAAAUUACAAAUACCUUUACAUAUUAUGUUUACUAUGCCUUGGACACCUACAAGUGCUUUCCCACAUCCAUUAUGUAAUAUUGAUAGUUCAAGAGGACCGACAGGAAAAAUUAAUUUCUAUUCAUAUUCUGUUGUUGAAAUGCUUACAUGGUCAGGUAUGCGUGGUAUUGUUAAUAGUUUUCGUAAGAAAAUUUUAGGUCUAUCUCCAUUACAUGCACAACAAGCUACAAAUGCACUUAUUGAUGAACGUGUUCCACAUACAUAUUGUUGGUCACCAUCGCUUGUUGCAAGACCAUCCGAUUGGGAAUCACAUAUUGAUGUUUCAGGUUUUUUCUUUCUUGAUCUUGGUAAUACGUUUACCAAUCCACCACAAGAUUUACUUGAUUUUCUUGGUAUUAAUAAUGAUGAUUCUAAUGAUCCGAAAUUACCAUUACCGAUUUAUAUUGGAUUUGGUUCGAUUACAGGACAUGAUUCUUGUCGUCUUCUUGAAGUUAUUAAAGAUGCUCUUAAUAGAACUGGAAAUCGAGCUGUAUUAUCUGGUUUUGAAACAGAAACGGAUAGUUUACCUGAUAAUAUUUUUAAAAUUGGCAAUGUACCACAUGAUUGGCUUUUUCAGCAUGUAUCGGCUGUAUGUCAUCAUGGUGGAGCAGGUACAACAGCAGCUGGUUUACGUGCUGGUAAACCAACAAUAAUCGUACCUUUUUUUGGUGAUCAAUUCUUUUGGGGUAAUAUAAUUGAAAAAAGUGGUGCUGGUCCUCGUCCAUUACCUGGAAAAUCAGUAACAGCUGCUGAAUUAGCUGAAGCUUUUCAGUUUGUUCAUUUACCAACAACACGAGAAGCUGCCGAACAUAUUCGUCAAACUAUGGAAAAAGAAGAUGGAUGUCAAGCAGCUGUUCGUGCAUUUCAUUCUAAUCUUCCUAUAAAUCGUAUGCGUAGCGAUCUUCAAUCAACAUUUACUGCUUGUUAUUGUAUAGAUAAUUUAAAUCUUCAAAUAUCACGACCUGUUGCACAUGCCCUUGUUGCAGCAGGUGCUAUAGAUGUAUCACAACUUCGUUCUCAUUAUAUUCGAAGAUGGCAAUUUAAACAUGAGCAUAAACGUCAUAGAUCAAGUAAUAAUACUUCUGAAAAUAUCACAAAACCACGUUCACAUACAAUGAUUGAUAAUGAUAUGGGAUCAAGAUUAAGGAGUAGUACUAUCAGUAAUAAUAAUUCUACGACGAAUACACAUGAUGAUGCGAGUAUUAUUAAUAGCUUUCACGAGAAUGGAGACGAUUCAUCGAUGUUAUCUUCGUCAGUAUAUAGUAAUAUGACUAAUGGAUCUGAUGGUUUCUCUUCAUUAAAUGAUACUCACAGUGAACUAAAUGCAAAGCAUGAACCAAGUGAAAAUCAUUCGAAAACAAGAUUUAAAACAUCUGUAUAUUCAGUAUAUCGUAAUCGAAAACUUAGUCUCAUUAAUUAUCUAAAACGAUCAAGAAUUGGUCAUCAACAACCAAGUGAAAAUAGUAUUACAGCUGAUGCAUUGAUUGCUACUACUGAAUAUGCAAUGCAACCUGUAGUUUGUUCACUUUUCGCUCCGAUGCCACAAGCAAAAGUCGAAACAUCUGAAAUAGAUGAAACAAAUUCUAAACCUAAAAUAUCUGAUAUUGUACCAGCAACAUCAUUGAUCAUACCUAAUGGAGAAGAACAUGAAGAUGAUGAUGAUGAUGAUGAAAUUUCAUCUAAUAUUAAAAUUGCAGCAGAAGUCUCUGGUUUUCAUCCAAAAAUAUGUCAACAGAUUAUUCAAGAAUUUGAACAAAUUAAAACAAAACAAACUAAAGUAUUAACGAAUUCAUUCGAUUCAAAACAACAUCAUAAGCAUUUGCUUCAUCUUCAACGACAACGAAGUCAUUCGCUUUCUAAUAUAAAUUAA